AAACUUGGGCUUUUGUGGCCGUUUCUUGCUCAUAACUUGAGAAUGCUUUAGACUAAUUCCUGAUAUCAGAGUCCCACAUUUUCUCCUUUAUUUUCUGCAAGCUCUUCCAUCGUGUAGACUGAAUCGACUCUUUUGCCACCGGAAACCGUGGAGAGGUUUUAAGUUCACCCGCGGGACUUGAUAUACAUGAAGAGGUCCACGAGGCAGGAACCCGACCAGGGGAAUUCCGCCGCUGAGAGGGGUACUCGGCUAAGAUCUCCAGUGAAGAAGCUGUUCAUGAGCAUGGGCAGAGGGACCGUGAUCCUUGGUGGGUGCCUGGUGGUUUUGUCAUUGUUUGUCACGCUGAGCUUCGUGUACCAAGAUCCCCCACUUGGACGGUACACUAUUAGCAGUGUCAGCAGUGGGCAGAAUUUGUACCGAGGGAGUGGUUUUGGUGGAGAUCUCGGAAAUGGAGGGAAGAUGGUAGAUGGAUUCGACGGGGUUAUAGGAGGCAGAAAUUUAGAAGGGGAGGCUAAGGAAGAAAAUGAAAAUUCUCAAAGUUCUGAUGAGCUCAACGACAAGCUACUUGGUGGCCUGCUUUCUGAUGGAUUUGAUGAAAGGACAUGCCUUAGCCGGUACCAGUCUGCUAGUUAUCAUAAAAAGUCACAAUUGAAACCUUCUGCAUAUCUUAUAGAUAGGCUGAGGAAGUAUGAAGCUCUUCAUAAGAAAUGUGGUCCAUACACAGCAUCAUAUAACAAAACUGUAAAUUUACUCAAGCCUGGCUCUAGUUCUGAAAAUGCGGAUUGUCAAUAUGUGGUGUGGAUAGCAAAUAGUGGACUUGGGAACAAGAUCUUGUCUAUUGCUUCAGCAUUUCUUUAUGCUCUCCUUAGCAACAGGAUUUUACUUGUUGAUGGAAGAGUUGACUUGGCAUAUUUAUUUUGUGAACCAUUCCCAGAGGGUUCAUGGCUACUUCCCCCAGAUUUUCCAUUAAACCAGUUCAAGGAUUUUAAUACAAACUCGCCAGAAAGAUAUGGCCAUAUGCUGAAACUAAGCAGCAAGAAAGAGGGUGGUUUGUCCACUUUGUUUCCACUAACUUUUGUGUAUGUGCAUCUAUCCCAUGAUUAUGAUGAGCAUGAUAAACUAUUCUUUUGUGACGAUGAACAGAUUCUCCUCCAAGGAGUCCCUUGGCUGUUCUUGAGAACAGAUAAUUAUUUUGUGCCAUCUCUAUUUCUCAUGCCCAAAUUUGUGGAAGAACUGAAUAGACUUUUUCCUGAGAAAGACACCGUCUUUUACCACAUGGGUCGAUAUCUUUUCCACCCAGCAAAUUCUGUCUGGGGCAUGAUUACCAGGUUUUAUGAUGCUUAUUUGGCUCAUGCAGACGAGAGAAUCGGCAUUCAAAUCAGGACCUUCGAUACUAGAAAAGGCCCGUUUCAGCACGUGCUGGAUCAGAUACUUUCAUGUGCAAGGAAUAUGGAAAUUUUACCAAACAUAUCACGGCAUGAACCUGUAACUUCCUGGCAUGAUCCAAAGAGAAGGCAUAAAGCUGUUCUUAUAACUUCUCUAAGUGGUGGUUAUUUCGAAUGGAUCAGAAAUAUGUAUUGGGCUCAUCCAACCGUGAAUGGUGACAUUAUAAGUGUUUAUCAACCAAGCCAUGAAGAGUUCCAACAGACUGAGAAAGAGAUCCAUAACAUGAAGGCAUUAGCAGAAAUGUAUCUUUUGAGCUUGAAUGAUAUGUUGAUUACAAGUGCAUGGUCUACUUUUGGAUAUGUAGCUCAAGGACUUGGAGGCAUAAGGCCAUGGAUUCUUUACAAGCCAGAGAAUGACACUGCGCCAGAUCCCCCUUGUCGCCGAGCCAUGUCAAUUGAACCUUGUUUUCAUGCACCUCCCUUUUAUGACUGCAAAGCUAAGGUAGGUACUGACACUGGGAAACUUGUCCCACAUGUGAAGCACUGUGAAGACAUGAGCUGGGGACUUAAAGUGGUUGGAAAAGAUGAGUUGUAGCUCUAGCUGUAUCAAUUUGUAUUUUGGCUGCAAUCUGAUGUGCUUUAUUUUCCCCCCUUUCCAACGGUUCUUUCUUCAUGUUCAUCUGAAAUUAGCAACAAUUUUUCAUACAGAGAAUACUAUUAGAUACUCAA